CCGCUUCUCCGACCGGAUUCUGGAGGCUGAGCUUUUCGGCUAAAUGCUUGCUUGUUCUGAGAAGAGAAGGCAGAGUGUCCUUUGCUAUGAGGUGGAUGCAAAGUAAAGUGUAAUUUUUAUUGAUAAACAGUUCAGAAUCUGCGACUGAGGAUUGUGGAAAACCACGGAACCCCGCGCUAAUUUCUUUCUACGGAUUGUAGAGUGGCUGUCAUUUUUUUGGUUGCUCUCACGGAUCUUUCGAGUCGCAGGUUUGCAAGGAUUUAUCACUAAAGGAGUGCAAUGUUGAGAAUACAGAUCGUGUUUUGCACUUUAUCGGUACUGUCACUAUCAUUCGGAGGGGACGUGAAAACGAGGAGCUGCAGUGAUGUUCGGCAGGCGUACACAGCUAAAGGGUUCAGUCUCGCCAAUGUUCCCCAUCAGGAAAUAUCAGGUGAACACCUGCGUGUCUGCUCUCAAGGCUAUACCUGCUGCACAUCAGAAAUGGAGGACAAGCUAGGCCAACAGGGCAAGUUGGAGUUUGAGAAUCUGGUGGAAGAGUCAAGCCACACAUUACGCACCACCUUCGUCUCAAGGCAUAAAAUGUUUGACGAAUUCUUCCUGGAGCUGUUAGAUUCCUCAGAGAAGUCGCUUCAUGACAUGUUUGUACGCACCUACGGCAAGUUGUACAUGCAGAACUCGCAGGUUUUUGAGGACCUAUUUGCCGAGCUAAAGCGUUACUACACGGGCGGCAACGUCAACCUGGAGGAGAUGCUUAACGACUUCUGGUCGCGAUUGCUGGAACGCAUGUUCCAAUUGCUGAACUCCCAGUACCAAUUUACCGACGACUACCUGGAGUGCAUUAGCAAGUACACCGACCAGCUCAAGCCCUUUGGCGACGUGCCUCGUAAACUGAAGGCUCAGGUGACAAGGGCCUUCAUUGCUGCCCGCACCUUCGUCCAAGGGUUGAUGGUGGGGCGAGAGGUGGCUAACAGGGUGGCAAAGGUCAACGUAUCACCUGGCUGCAACCGAGCGCUGACUAAAAUGCUGUAUUGUCCAUACUGUGUGGGCAUGCCCGGUGUGAAACCCUGCGGUAACUAUUGCCAGAAUGUCGUGAAAGGAUGUCUUGCCAACCAGGCUGACCUGGACCCAGAGUGGAACCUAUUCAUUGAUGCCAUGUUGCUGGUGGCAGAGAGGCUGGAGGGCCCAUUCAACAUUGAGGCUGUGAUGGAGCCUAUUGACGUCAAGAUCUCCGAGGCUAUCAUGACUAUGCAGGACAAUAGUAUGCAGGUCUCAGCCAAGGUGUUUCAGGGAUGCGGUCAUCCCAAACCAGCCGGAAUGGGUAGGUCUGCCCGUGGUAUCUCAGACGUGUUCAAUGCCCGCUUCCGGCCCUAUAACCCAGAGGAGAGGCCCACCACAGCCGCUGGCACCAGUUUAGAAAGGCUGGUCAUUGAUAUUAAGGAGAAGCUGAAACAGUCCAAAAAGUUUUGGUCCACCUUGCCUGACAGCAUUUGUGCUGAGAACAAAGUGAGCGAAUCAGAUGAAGAGCAGUGUUGGAACAGUCAUACAAAGGGCAGGUAUUUCCCAGAGGUGGUGAAAGAUGGUUUGACAAACCAAUUGACUAACCCUGAGGUAGAAGUGGAUAUUACACGACCUGACACCUUCAUCCGCCAACAGAUCAUGGCCCUCAGAGUUAUGACCAAUAAGUUACGCAACGCUUACAAUGGCAACGACAUCUACUUCCAAGAUUCCAGUGAUGAGGGCAGUGGUUCUGGUAGCGGGAGCGGCUGUACUGAAGGUUGCACCACUGAGUUCGACUUUGUCGGCACGGAGGUGCCCGUUGUAGGUGCAGACAGAAGCGACGGGAGACCCCAGUUGGAUUCGGCUGCUGUUGGCCUGGGCCCGACUCUGACACCUCUGCUAGCCUCUGCCCUCUUCACAGCUCUAGUGCUGCAGUGGAGAUAAUGUCAACCAGAGGGCAGACAGCCACACGUGGACAUCUUUGGACAGAGGCAGUAGCGGUGGCCUCUUUGCUUUGACUGACCGCUAUGCUGUUAGCCUUCUCUUACUGGACAGGACGAUUUUUAUGAAAACUUUGGAGAAGCUGAUGGAGAACGCAUUGGCUAGCUAGUUAGCUAUCUAGCUAGCUGCAUGGAGAGAGUGAGGGAGAGAGAAAGAGAGAGGAAGGGAAACAGAGAGAGAGAGAGAGAGAGAGAGAGAGAGAGAGAGAGAGAGAGAGAGAGAGAGAGAGAGAGGGUAUGUCUCUGCAUCCUGCUUGUUCCAAAGAAUGCUUGGUGCAAUCACGAAGCAGCUUUUCUUGUUGGCCAACUGCUUUUCCUCUCAUUUCUUAUCAGAAAAUCAAACAAACAACGAAAAGAAAACUUUUUUUGGGAUGAAUUGUACUGUCCUGGAGAGCACAAAGUUGUUUUCCACAAAGUAUCAAAACCAGAUAAAGAGUAGAGAAUCUAUUUUUAUUUUCCUUGGUUU